GGCUGCCUGUGGAAUUGAAGGAAACCUCUUAUCACCGGUAAGUUUCACCUGUCACCUAAGUUUCACCAUCACGGGAGGCAAAAAGGAAAUGGGGGUUGGAAGGCUCUUAAACGCCCUUAGAUUGAGUUAUUACGUGGUAAAUUAUGUAAAAUCACGAGCAUAACUUUGGGCGUAAUGAUAUGUUUUCAGGGAAGAGGCUCAAAAUUAAAAUGCUCGAAUUUUCCAGUAUAAUGUUUCUGAUCCCAAUUGUAGCCGUUAUAUAUUCAAGAAUUGCUGUGGAAAAGUAUCAGUUCAUAGGUGGAGGUAGUGUUUGCAAGAUGGGAACCGUAGCAACCUGGAUUUUGAUACUGCUUCUUUCUUCGAUGUUGGUCGAAGGGAUGAUACUCAACAUGGUGGAAAAAGCAGGGAAAAUUCAAAGAAAAGCAAAGAGGCUGAAGAGAAAGCACCAAGAACGUGAAAAUUCAGAAAUCUUGACGCUGAACAACCGCAGACGGUUGAAAGAGAUACAGAUGGAGCUGAAAUUCCGGAGAGACUUCUGCUCACAGGCCCGUGAGCUAGAAUGUCAGAUGGAUUAAGCGAAACCACCAAUCCAUGAAACUCAAGAUAAGACAGCUUACUAUAAUUGAAUGUUCGCUUUUAGUAAUAAAUGAUUCAGACGAAAUGUAUAGACUAUGUACUG